CGUGUGUGAUAAAAAUAUCAUCUAAAAUCGUCCUUAUCAAAUUGGAUAAAUUGUUAAAGCAAAUUAAGAGCCGUGGAACGUGGACUAAGAGUAAGACAUAACUUUAUAAGUUAUAACUAUAUACUUGUCAACAAACAAUGUUAAGAAUCAAAGUUAAUCGUAUUUAGUUGAUUCAUUUUGAAGUUCUCAGUUCACGCAUCAUUACUAUUUAGUAUCUUUAAACUUGUACAGUUUUAACAAAUACCAAAGUAUUAAUGUAUAUUGUUCAAUAUUUUCUAUUUUGUUUAAUUUAAAAGAUAAACUAGUAUCAGUGUAGGUAUAUGAUGUCCUCGUUUUCAAAAAGUUUGUAAACUUUUUUAAAGUUGUAAUUUCUAUUAUAAACAAGUUGUAAGUUAACGUGUUAAAUUAUGCUUCCUGGACGUGGAGUAGGUUGUUUGCCGGAUAAUCCUUUGGGUCUUUCUUGGCAUGAUAGUAAUUGGAUUCCAAUGCUCAACUCUAAUAAUAUACUAGAUUACUUCUCAGAACGCAGUAAUCCAUUCUACGACCGCAGUUGUAAUAAUGAAGCUAUUAAAAUGCAACGUCUCAGUAUGGAUCAGUUGAGUAAUAUGAUUGGAUUGGAGUAUUGUCUUCUACAUGUGCAAGAACCAAUUUUGUAUGUAGUUCGUAAACAGCACAGACAUUCUCCUACACAUUCUACACCAAUUGCUGAUUUUUACAUCGUUGCUGGAAUAGUUUAUCAAGCUCCAGACCUCCUUUCUAUUAUUAACUCUCACAUGAUGUCUUCAGCAUACCAUUUAGAGACUGCAUUUGAAGAACUAAACUCGUUAGCUAGAUUUCAUCCAUCAAAAGGUUAUUCAUGGGAAAAUCGUAGACCUGGUCAGCCAACUGGUCCAGUAACAGCUCCUCCACCUUCUCCAGUUAAAGUUACUGGCAAAAGAGACAUUGAAGAAGCUAGUUCCCAAUUUCAAAGAUUACGAGUUGAUAUGUUGUUAGUUGAAUUGACUAGAAAGUUUCCUUUACCCUUACCUCAAGCACUUGCAGCAGCACCUCAAAAUACUAUGAAUAAUCAACAAACAAAUGAAGUGAAUAAAAAAGAAAUGAAACAAGAAAUAAAACAGGAAAUAAUUCAAGACAUAAAUAUUAAACAAGAAUCUCAGCCUACUAACUCGUUAUCGCCGUCAAUGAGGCCACCUCCAGAGAAGAAGUUUAAACCAGCAUGAUCCACUUUUUAUGUAUAAUGUUUAUAAAUAUUAUAUGUAUUAUUUAUUUAUAUGAUUUGCAUUUUAUAUGGGGACUAAACAUAACAUAUAGAGAAUAUACUUAUUAUAUCCUUUUACUUAAAAUAAUUUUGAUUCAAAAUCAAUUAUUAAGUUAUUUUUAUACCAUAAAUGAUAAUUAUCUUAUAAUGAAAAAAA